AUGACUUCACGCUCCCCUGCCCUGAAACCACCCAUCCCUCCCAGAGCUCCUGCAUCCCCAGCUCCCAUCAUCCCACCUCCUCCCGUGGCCGCAGGUCCCCCGGACUUAGCUUUCCCACUACCCCCCUGGAGUCCCCAGGUCCCUGGUCCCCCGCCUCCUCCGCUGCCUCCUCCACCCCCUGCCACUGGGGCUGCUCCCCCUCAUGUCUUUGGCCUGGAGAAGAGCCAGCUCCUGAAGAAGGCCUUGGAGAAGGCUGGUCCAGUCCCCAGGGGCAGAGAAGACGUGAAGAGGCUCCUGAAGCUGCACAAGGACCGGUUCCGAAGUGACUUGCAGUGGAUCCUCUUCUGUGCCGACCUGCCAUCUCUCAUCCAAGAAGGCCCGCAGUGCGGGCUGGUGGCCUUGUGGAUGGCAGGCACCCUGCUGUUACCCCCCAGCGGCAUCCCCCUGGAGAGGCUUGUUCAGGUGGCCAUGGAGAGAGGCUACACCGCUCAGGGAGAGAUGUUUUCUGUGGCUGACAUGGGCAGGCUGGCCCAGGAGGUACUGGGCUGCCAGGCCACGCUGCUCUGUGGUGGCCUGGGUGGUCCCAACAGAGACCUUGUCCUACAGCACCUUGUCACUGGACAUCCCCUGCUCAUCCCCUACGAUGAGGACUUCAACCACGAGCCGUGUCAGAGGAAGGGCCACAAGGCCCACUGGGCAGUGAGUGCAGGGGUCCUGCUGGGUGUCCCGGCUGUGCCGAGCCUUGGCUAUGCCGAGGACCCUGAGCUGCCAGGCCUGUUCCAUCCAGUGCUCAGCAAGCCCUGCCAGUCGCCACCCCUGCCAGAGGAAGGCUCCCUAGGAGCUGUCUACCUUCUCUCCAAGCAGGGCAAGAGUUGGCACUACAAGCUGUGGGACUACAACCAAGUGCGGGAUAGCAACCUGCAGCUGACGGACUUCUCACCCUUGCGGGCCACCGAUGGCCGGGCAUACGUGGUGCCUGCUGGUGGGGUACGGGCUGGCCUCUGUGGCCAGGCCCUGCUCCUCAGACCAUGGGACUCUAGCCACUAGCUGGAGCUGAGGCCCCAGGCCACAGCCUUACUCACCCUUUGAAGACUACCCCAGCUUCCCCCUGGGUGCCAGCCUGUAGAUUUGGGCUAGAUCUCUGAGGGCCUUUAGUUCAGAGAUCCUUCUUCAGGACCGUCCUCCCAUCUGUCCCGGCUCAAGCCUGGGUGGGCAUCAUCCCAACUCCUCACCCCCAAG